UGCCAGCAUUUAGCAGACGUUCGACCGCUACUUUCACCAGAAUUAAACACUCAUGCACCAUGUGAAGAUUGUGGAGAAACUGAAGAGAAUUGGGUUUGCCUGAUUUGUUACAAGGUCUAUUGUAGCCGAUUCCGUAAUGAACACAUGUUAUUUCAUGGUAUAGAGACAGAACAUAGAAUGGUCCUCAGUUAUUCAGACUUGUCUGUCUGGUGUUAUGCUUGUAAUAGUUAUAUAGACAAUGAGGUUAGUCCAAGAGAAGUAGUUAUAUAG